UGCUAUUGAUGAGUGCAACAGAUGAAGUGUAACUGGUUAAAAGAAAAGUUUUAAUUAGUGUUUUUAAUGAUAGGAAUGAUCGAGCGUGUAUGUAUAGAAUAAGUUAGAUAACUACUCAAAUUAUCUCUGUCAGUUAUGGAUGAGCAAACACAUUACAAUUGAGAAACUUUAUAGCCUUUUGAAACGUAGUAGUGAUGGUGAUUCAAGAUGAUAUAAACAGAGCUAAAGCGUGAUUCGAUUAUGAUUUUAUGUGAAAGAUACCUUGAUCAUAAAAAGCAUUGAUGUCUUUUAAAACAGAAACUGAUAGAAGCAACAGUAUUAUAUCAGUUGUCAACUUAAGAAUUGCUUCAUCACUCGGUAGCCUGAGCCUCCUCACAGCUACCCCACAAAGGUUCCAAAUGAGACGUCGCCUGGCUGCCCUUGCCGCUCGAAAAGUCAGCAGUAUUAAAAGCAACAGGAUCAAAAGGACGAUUCAGCAGACCGACGACUUAGUCCCAGUGUGGCAAAGUUAAUUGCUUCAGGCAAUCAAAUUGUUCAGUCCCAUCACACGAUGAUUUCAGCGAGGAUCGUAUCAGUGUUUUCAGCCGCUACUGGCUAAAUUUUGUCACCAAGCUGUGAUGUUAUUCAGAAGCCCGCUCGGUUACGUCCAAAACAGGAACAAGUCAUUCGUAACAUAUUAAGGGACAGUAAACCUAGAGACGUCAUGGACAAGAUCAAACUGGCGAGAGAAUGCCAAUACAACGGCGGAGGAUGGUGCGUGUUUCGAGAAGUCGAAAUUCGUCGGAGUCAGCACCAGCAAAUGCAACGGUAUCUGUAGAUGCUGGAGUAACGCAAAGGGGACCAGUGUCGUUUGACAUCUCGUCCGUUGAACAACGCGAGGCCAUUCGUAAGCAGAGGUACGAUGGGAUGCCGCUGCGAUACGCGCGUCUACUCAGCCGAAGAGAAAAAGCCUGCCCCGGAUGUUCUCGCCAAAGGCCUAUCACAGGGCCGCAACUGCACCAAUAUGACGUGGAUCGUCGUUCUUGUACUCUAUUCGGCGUUAAUGCUGUUCGUUUCGAUCGAAGCGAUUCGGUUAGCAAAUCCGUGGAAAUUCAUUUACGGAACAGAUUCUAACCGAGACGUGUGCGGAAUGCGAAAUCGAGUCUCCGGGAACGACCUUACCUCGAAACCGUUCCUGUAUCAGGAGACCAGCAGCUGUGUGACAACAUGCCCUCUUGGAUACGUGGUUUCGCGACUUCAACGAUGCGUCCGCGACGCGACCUAUUUUCGAAAUCUAAGCGGAGCGGUCGAAAGUUCGGAACGUCCUGUCGAUUCGAGUCACCAUAUACAGCAACAGCACCGAGAACAACGGCAGCGGCGCGAAUUACGACAAAUGUCUCCUGUUAGCCAGGACGCCAUCUAUCGCUUUUCGAUUCUUCCCGGAAAGCAAGGCAAACAAAUGGAGGGACUCUUAGAAAGCAUUGUCCAGAACAUCUCUCUGUGUCGCCUGGAAUUGUUUUACAUGUGUCUGAUAGCGGUUGGAUGCAGUGUCUUUAUCGUUUUGCUGCUUCGGUUUCUCACUAAUUUGAUCGUCUGGUUCUUUCUGUUAACUAUUACGGCGCUGUCGAUCGGCUCGACAAUAUUCCUUUGGCUUCAAUACGACCUCAAGCAAAGACGUAAAGAACCGAGCCACCUUUUCUAUUACGGGGCGAUUUCCUCUACAGUUGGGGCGGCUGUGUAUCUUCUUAUUCUCUUCGUACUUCGAAAACGAAUUCAUCUCACAGCGACAUUAUUCCAAGAAGCUGGCCGUGCUCUUUCCUCAUUACCGCUUCUCUUUCUACAGCCUCUUUGGACACUAGUCGUCUCGAUCGGCUUCUCCGCUCUAUGGCUAUAUUCGUUCAUGUUUGUCGUCGCGGCGGCAGCUGAUGUUCAACGCAAACGGGAAGACGAAGGUUAUAAUCAUACCCUUGGCCAAAUGGUGUACACGUCGAGCCCUAGUUAUGAUAAACACCUCGCCAAUAUUUUCAUGUGUGGUCCAUGGCUGCAUUUAUUGGGACUUUUAUGGUGGACACGCAUCUUUCUUGCUUGUCAGCAUUUCAUCAUCGCAGGAUCCGUUGCAUCGUGGUAUUUUUCAAGGUACAAAAACGCCCUUGGAUUUCCGAUUUUACGGGCGACAAGCAUUCUCGUGGCAUACCAUUUGGGCUCCAUCAUCUUGGGCUCACUAUUGACAUCGUUGAUGCAGCUUUUGCGAAUUACGCUGGCGGUUGCGAGCAAGAUUGCUGCACACAACCGAUGUUCACAUUGUUGUACAGUGUGUUGUUCCUGCUGUCUCGCCAUCUUCGAGCGAUUUUUAAAGUAUAUCAACAGAAACGCCUAUAUCUUGAUUUCUAUCCACGGAUAUCCGUUUUGCGAGGCAGCCCAUGAGGCGUUCGGCCUCUUAAGCUCGAACAUUCUGCGUCUUUCAGCCAUUAACUCGGUUGGCGACUUCAUUCUUUUUCUUGGCAAGGUCGCUGUUGUUGCAGCAUCGGUUAUCUUCGGUUUGGAAAUGCAGCAGGCAGGCGAAAUGCAGGAAAUGGGCGUUUCAUAUUACUGGGUCCCGAUCCUGCUCGGAGCUAUUUUUGCAUGGCUGAUUGCCGAUUACUUCUUAGCAGUGUACGAGAUGGUGAUUGAUACGGUGUUUUUGUGUUUCUGCGAAGAUACGCGUCUUCACGAUGGAACCACUCAACCAUAUUAUAUGGGCGCUUCUUUAAUGGCGUUCGUAAACAAAGGACGUCGGAAGAAACGGAAGGUCUCAACAGAGAGUGCGGUAACCGUCAUGACGCCGAUAUCAGAGUAAAUAAAUUGCGAAGAUGCUCAGAAAUUUGGGAAAAUAGGUUCUUGAGACGGUUCGCUGUGAACACGAUAGUACACAGAGAUAACGGUGUCCGUAAAAGUGUGGUUCAAUAUAUGUAUGUUAGGAAAACUAUUCUGCGAGAAAUACUAGCGAAAAUUCAAUGUGAAACGGCAGCUUAACAUAAAGUUAUAGGUUGCGAGCAUUUUCGACGAGUCGGGUCUUUUUAAAUGAGAUAAUGCACUUGGACAACUGAUGUCAUCUUCUUUAUUCAUAUCGUGCAUAGGGACGAGUGCGCGCUGAAGCUUAUUCAUUAAGAAACAGGAAAACACACUGUAAUCCAGAGCCACUGGGGGGAUCCCAGUUGAAACUAUAGAAAGACUAGAUACUUGACUAUAUGUGUAUAGCACCUUUCAAAGGUAAUCGGUGUAACUAACGUUACAAAAGUAAAAAUGCCAGAGAUUAAUAACGUUUCGAGGUCGAUCUAAACACCAUUUGAAAAUUAACUGACACCACCACCACCACCACUACCCCUAAUUUUUUCAAAUAAUAACUUUCUCCUUCUCUAUUUUUUUUUUUUUAUUCAAAAAGAAUUCUAUUUUAGUCCGAUGAAAUAGUUUACAAGCUUUUUAUUUUAGUACUAAAUCCGUGACAGCUUCUUGCACUGCACAAAUACGCACCUAUAUCUUCAUCGCACUGGAAUCGUACCAUUAACAUUAUCUUCACUGUUCUGAUUACCUUUGAUUGCUGUUGGACUGACUUGAAGAUUUCGACACAAACCUACCCUAUCCGAUACAUAAACGGCAAGCUUUUUAAAACGUAGUCACGAAGACGCGGACCACACCCAAUAUUGCCGUAAGCACGUCCACACGACUUAAGAGUUUCGUAUCGUAUUUGUAUAGGCAUAUAUCUUUUUGCCUAACUUAUUAAGUCUGACAAUCAUAAACACUGGUUUAUGUCUCGUCCCAUACCUUGGUGCGGACAGCUGUGGUUUUUGUUUUACGUAUAUUGAUACGACGUAGCUUGCACAACAAUUUUAUUGAUAAAUAAUCCUAAUCGGGUAAAGUUUCCGGUUCUCAUGGAAAAAUCCUAGCUUUAUUUCUUUUAUCAGAUCGAGUUGAUGAUAAACAUAAAGUGAGAAAAGUUUAUUCUUUAAUGAAGACUGUUAUCUAACGUGCUAUGAAGCUCGGAAAAUCGUUAAAUCUCAAAUUUUUCUAACAAUGUGCUAUAUAAGGUUGAAAAAGGUGCAUGUGCUGAAUUAGGAUUGCGGUUAUGGUAGAAAUCGUUCGACAGAGCAGUUUGCUUGUCGAAUUGAAAUUGGAAAGAAAAAAAAACACUUUCUAUACAUAUAAAACGAAGAAAGGAGACGACAAAAGUAGAUACUUAAAAGUCUGUGUAAAUGAUCAUACUUUUUGCUGUGACCUAUGUAACAACUGUUCAUUUUCGUGAAUAAAUAAUCAGGUUUUGAACUAAGAAGGAUUAAAAAUUAUCGUAAUCUUUUUAGCGUAUAGCGAUAUUAAGUGAAUCAUUUUAUCUGUUUCUGCAACUAAGUCGAUCGGCCUGCAUGUAGUUCUGUAUGUGUCGUUUUACGGGAAUUGUGACUGGUCGUAUUGGGAAUUUGAAACUGACGUAAUGGGGCCUGAAAUAUCAUAUAUUAAUAUAUAGCCAAGAGCC